GUCAGUUGCUGGAGUUCAGAAAACAGCAACCAGCUACUUAGUCCUGGUACUGCUGUACAUCAGGAAAUACACUAUGCCGAGUAAACAAAGGAGAGCACAAAUCUAAACUGCUCAUUAGGGGGGGAAAUGAGAGUGAUCAUGACUAGCAGACGGCGUGAGAGUCAGCGGAUCUGUUCAGUAGAACGCGCCAGUCAAAAUCUGUCAAAGAGACCCCGGCUAAAGGAUCUGUCCAGUCCUGAAAAUGCAGGUAAACCAUUUCAAGCGCUUCCAGUCUGGAUGCGCCUAUAUGUCUAUGGAAUGCAGGGGAUUUCUUUGGACAUCCUCAUUUCGUCAGUGCAGAGAUUUGUAUACACCACUGAUAUGAAGCUGCUGGGGUUCUCCUCUCCUUAUCUUUGCAUUGCCCAUUCAAUUACCCAUUUUGCGCUGGAGAAAAUGUAUCUGCAGAAGAAGAGCUUCCAGGGGCGCGCUGUUGUUUUUAAUUUUAUCUUGUAUCCUUUGGUCUAUAUAGGGAUACAGCUUUUAGUGGGGAAGACGAUUGUCAGCACAAAUAACGCCAAAUGUCUGUCUGUAGUCAAUAUUGCUGUUCUGUACCUCAUCGCACUGUACUACUCUCAAGUGUUUCUCAAGCGAUUCUUACGCCUGCAGUACCAUUGCUCAAAGAAAGGCACACCGACAGCACUUAUAGACAUGUCUUCUCAACGACUUCCUGACAUUAUUCGAUUCUUGUUCUUUGGCAUGCAUGGUUUUUUAGAUGAAGUCCUUUUCACUUCAUUUUUCAAUCUUGUUGAAAAUUCAGACCAAACCUUGACUGGGCACACCUCGCUGUGGUCCUUUCUAAUGUACGGAAGCUGCAGUUUCGUGGUGGAAAAACUGUAUCUGUAUCUUCAUUACAAAAGAGGCUGGGGAGCCUGGAAAAGGCUUCCAAUAUACAUACUAUUUAUUUACACUUGGGAGUUUUCCUGGGGAUUGGGACUUCGACAGUACAAUGCUUGUUCAUGGGACUAUUCGCACUAUCCUUUGAAUUUUAAGGGGCUUGUAACACUGGUGUAUUUACCUGGGUGGAUCUGCAUCAGUUUGUACCAGGACAUGCUGUCUAACGUGCUGCUGCGUGUGGUAUGUGCAGAAAGUAAAAACUCAAAAAUCUCUGCUAAUGGACGGCACUGAAUGCCAGUCAAAGGACAUUUAACUUCACCAAUAAAGCCGCAUCUGUCUCACUGUCGUUUUAUAUACAAAAACGUUUUUUAAUAAAAAAUGCUUUAAUUUUCAGCUCAAAUCGUGAGUGUAUUUGAUAUAUCAGUAUAACGCAGCCUUUUAUACAGUUUAUAAAUAGUUUAAUAUAAAAUAAUAAUAAUAAUAAUAAUAAUAAUAAUAAUAAUAAUAAGAAUAAUAAGAAUAAUAAGAAUAAUAAUACACCAAGAAUUAAUCUAAACAACCAACACCAGGUCAACUGCCAUUUAUGUACAAAUAAUAAACGCUUUUUUUUAAAAUACAGAAUCAAGGGGGUGUACUGGCAAAGGACAUCUUGCUUUAUAAAACGUUAAAAAAUAAAAAAAAAAAAAAUAAGCAAAUGUUUAUAUAAUGAUAUUUGAUUCAAUUAUGGGAUAAGCAAACUGACAAUGGACAAUUAAAAAAAAAAGUUAGUGUACAUAACUAUAAUGCUUAUAUGAUAUGAACUUAAUAUUGCAACAGGGUUGCCAACCUUCAGUAAAUUUGGGGAAACUCAUUUUAGACGGUAUAACGUAUGUCACUAUGCACUAAUUCCUUUCCAUUGUUAUUAGAACUUGACAUGUCAAAGUUCUAAUCCAAGUGAUAGAGGAGGGAAUUUAAUUGCCGAAUUAUUUUCAAUAGGGGUUUAAAAAUCCAUUCACAGUAAAAGACAAACAUAAGUUAAUAUUAUUAUGAGUUACAUACGUGUAAGAAUGUCCAUCCGUGACAAAUACUGUCGAAGAGGUUUGCAACCCUGAAAAUGAACUUCCCCUUACGUGCAAUAAUUUAAGCGGAUGUUUUGAAUCUGUUAGUACACUAACCCAACAUAAAGGAUGGCACAGGCAAAUACUUUUCUUUUCCUAUAGUUCUACUGUCUGUUAACACUGGAGUACUGUGAUAUUUGCAUAUAUUCUGGUUCUGGCAACAGAAGUCAAAUGUAAAUUUUACAAAUAUAUAAUAAUAUAUACUUUGGCAUGCAUUUGGACAAUUUUGUCAGAACAAUCAAUAAAUGUUAAUUGUAAAUCAGCUAAGCAAUAUUUUUUGUUGCACAUUUAUGUAUUAAUACACAAAACAUAUUUGUUACACUUAGUAGUGAUUAAAUAUUACAUUGAUUAUUUAACAAGUACAUUGUGCAGUUUUCACUGUUAGUUUUCAA